AUGCCCAGCGCUUCCACAAUCUCCGGCUAUACCUAUGCAAAUUGGGGCCCAGUAACAACAACCUUCACAGCACCAACCAGCUGCGCCUCAAUUCCCAAUGAAAUCGAAGUCGGCCCCAGUGCCUCUAGUGGUUCGAUUCACCCCAACUUCCAAUACGGCGUUCAAUGCGAAAGAGUCAGAAGCCGGGAAUGUUACCCCUCGGCCACUGUAGAGAUGACCACCACCCUUGAUUUAAGUCCGACCGGGCUAUUCAAGGCGCAGUAUUACUCGCCUGGUCUUUACUGUCCGGCUGAUUGGGUGACUGUGGGUGUUGCCUCGUGGGAUGGAGAUGGGUCGUUGAUUACUUCGGGGGUUCUGGUGCCGACGACGACGGCGGAGGUGCUUCAGCGGGAUGGGGAGUUGUUUCUUAGUAUUUUGGAUAAGAGUGAGACGGCUGUUGUUUGCUGUCCGAGGUCAUACUCAGCUGAUCUAAAAUACCAAUGCUGGUCCACGAUUUCGGAUUACAAACCUUCCUCGGGAUGUAACUUUAAAGUCCCCGAAGGGGUUUUUGGCGAAUCACCGAUAAAGACAACAAUCAAUGGUACGGCGACGACAAGAUAUCUCCAAACACUCGCCGGUACUUCCCCCUUCAUUGGACCGAGUACGACAACUUUUGAUGCCGAGGAGAAAAAGACCAUGGUUGGCAUGGCUGUUGAGCCGAUGUUAACUCUCAUUCACAAGAAAGCUGAUUUUGAUGGUAUGUAA